CUUCAUUCUUCCUAGUCACAGGUGCGCUCGCUCUCUCUCUCUCUCUCUCUCUCUAACCAUCCAACCAUGGCUCCUCCCAGAAUACUACUGUGCGGAGAUGUUUUUGGCCGGCUCAACCAGCUCUUCAAACGAGUUUCAUCGGUCAAUAAAUCAGCUGGUCCGUUCGAUUCACUUCUCUGCGUCGGUCAGUUCUUCCCGGACUCGCCGGACUCGCUGGAAGAGUUCACGAACUAUAUCGAAGGCCGGUCCUCAAUCCCUAUCCCUACUUAUUUCAUUGGCGACUAUGGCAUUGCCUCCCCCAAGGUUCUAUCGGCGGCUUUGAAGGACUCGGCCAACCAAGGGUUCAAGAUGGAUGGUCUCAAGAUUUGUGAGAAUUUGUAUUGGCUGAAAGGCAGUGGAAAUUUUGCACUCCAUGGGUUAUCUGUGGCGUAUUUAUCUGGUAGGCAUUCAACAAGUAGUCAACAAUUUGGGACGUACAGUCAAGAUGAUGUUGACGCAUUGCGGGCAUUAGCCGAGGAACCUGGAAUAAUAGACUUGUUCUUAACUAAUGAAUGGCCAAGUGGUGUCAUGAAUAGGGCUUCUGCAUCUGAUCUACCUCCAGAAAUCUCAGAUUCAUCUGGUAGUGAUUCCAACAUAUCGCAACUAGUAGCAGAAAUCAAGCCUCGCUAUCACAUCGCAGGUACUAAGGGUGUAUACUGUGCUCGAGAACCCUAUGCUAAUGUCGAGGCUGUACAUGUUACCCGUUUCUUAGGUCUUGCUCCUGUUGGAAAUAAAAAUAAACAGAAAUUUAUUCAUGCAAUUUCUCCUGCUCCAGCAUCCACCAUGUCUGCUGCUGAGAUUUGCAUGAAGCCACCAAAUACUACUUUAUCUCCAUUUACAUCUGUGGAAAACGCAGUCCAUAAUGAGGGAGUUGCGAAGAGGCCUAGUGAUACUGGUUCUGACUCGCAGUAUUGGCGGUAUGAUGUCUCCCAGAAACGGCAGAAAGGAGAUGGUGAUGGCAGUAAGCCAUGUUUUAAGUUUUUAUCUUCAGGGUCUUGUCCACGAGGGGAGAAUUGCCACUUUCGGCAUGAUGGAGAUGCAAGGGAACAAUGUAUGAGAGGUGUGUGCUUUGAUUUUCUUAACAAAGGAAAAUGUGAAAGGGGUCUGGAGUGCAACUUCAAGCACACUUUACUGGAGGAAGGUGAGAGCUUGCCUAACAGGAGACCUAGAUCUGGAAAUGCUGACGCUAACAGGUCAAAAGAUUGCUGGUUUUGUUUGUCAAGUCCCAAGCUGGAGUCACAUCUAAUCACUAGCAUUGGGGAACAUUACUACUGUGCACUUGCUAAAGGACCACUAGUUCAAGAUCACGUGCUGAUGGUACCUGUUGAGCAUUUGCCUAAUACCCUUUCUUUAUCCCCAGAAUGCGAAAUGGAGUUGGCUAGAUUUCAAAGCAGUCUCAAAAUGUAUUUCAAUAAUCAAGGGAAGGAAGUGGUUUUUUUUGAGUUGGUUUUCAAACGAGGUACUCAUGCUAAUCUUCAGGUUGUUCCUAUUCCGUCAUCUAAAGCAUCUGCUGUUCAACGAAUUUUUGAUUUAGCUGCUGAAAAGUUGGGGUUCAAAUUUGUGGUGAUGAAAAAUGAUAAUAAUUCUGAAGGGAGAAAAUUGUUGCGGAUGCAGUUUAAUAACAAUUGCAGUUUAUUCUAUGUGGAGCUUCCUGGAGGUACAAUACUAUCACAUUCCGUCGAGGAGAAUGAGAAAUUCCCAGUCCAGUUUGGUCGUGAGGUUUUAGCAGGCUUGCUGAACGUGGCAGAUAAGGCUGAUUGGAGAAACUGUAAGUUCAGCAAAGAAGAGGAAUUGAAAAUGGCAGAAAGUUUCAAGAAUGAAUUUGAAGAAUAUGACCCAAAUCGGUAAUUCUUAGAAGAACAGAAGGUAUGGAAACUAGAAUUGUUAGUCUAGUGUUCAUUGUACCAUUGCUACUUUUCCAUUGAAUGGUGCUAGGAUAAUAUAAUCGUCUUUUAAGUGGAAGAGUGCCAACUCAGAAGACAUCUGCUCGGUGGUCUGAUUGCCCCCGCCACAAACUGCCGCGUGACGUUAUUGUGUUUAGAUUCAGGUCGUUAAGAGAAGGUGCCUUCCCCAUGUAUUUCAGCUCUGAUGUCGUGCUCAAAGGUGAAAAUUCUCAUGUGAGGAACCACAUUUCAAAUUUAAAUUCCGGUCUAUGUUUGCCAUUGGGAAUGAAAUAGGACUAGAUAGUUAUUUUUAGUAGCAUUCCUCUAGGCGUUGAAAAAAAUUGAAAAUUUUGAAAUCAUAUAUGUAAAAUAUAUGUGGAGUUUGUAUCCAAUCUCUCUCUCUC